AGUCUGCUCAACAGUGUUGUAUAACGUGUGUGUGCAAUCGACAAAAGGAUUUGGCUUAUGUAUUUACAAUGACAGACAAAGCGAAACCAGUUAAUGACAGCAGUUGCAAUCCGUCAAGUUCCGCAAAUGUAGAUAGUGCGCCGCUAUUCCCACCUACCAAGCCUGGUAAAGCUGCCGAUUAUGGCACUAACAACACGUUGGAGCUCUUGGAGCGUAUUCCCAGUCAAAUAGUCGAUCUCAAACUGGACGAGGUGCUCACUGCCGUGAAAACAGUGGAUAACCUGUGCGAUAACCCACGCUGCAAGACCAAAACAAGUCUAAUGGGCCAAGACUGCGAGCUCUGUUCCAAGCGUUUCUGCUUCAAGCACGGUCUGCCCGAGGUGCACGGUUGUGGUCUGGAGAAAAGACGAGAGGCCCGUAAAGAAUUUCUCCAUCCCAAGCCUUUAAAGACUAUACGACAAGAAGAGGAGCUUAAGAAUGCUAAAAAGAAACUUAAUGAAAAGCUAAAGAACAUGCAAGUCGGUCGCAUGCAGAAAUCAGGUGGCAGUGAUAAAAAGAAAAAAUAGAUUUGCCUAGGUUAUACAAAUAUAUAAUGUAAAUUGCAAAUUUCUAGUUUAAUUCUCUGAAUAUACGUACAUAACAAGUUAAACAUG